AUGGCUCGUGUUUCUCACCUCUCUCUCCUCCCUCUCCUCCUCUCCCUCAUCGCCGCCUCCGACGUCCCCCCGCCGUCCUUCCAGAUCCCACUGCCCGAGCAGGAAGCUGUCUACUUCGCGCUCGAAGCCAUCAACCCCACCAUCCCCUGGCGCACACUUUUCCCCGACGAUCUUUGCCUCUACGGCCCACACGGUAUUGUCUGCGAGCUCUUCCCUGACUCCUCCUCCACCGCCGCCGUCGCCGUUCCUCACGUCACCGAGCUUAACUUUGGGUACGUCUCCGACUUCUCUUCCAACCCUUCAUGCGCUCUAAACGCUUCUUUUCCCACAUCCCUCUCCGCUCUACCGUACCUCCGCAAGCUCUUCUUCUUCUCCUGCUUCACCGGCGAGAAAACUACCCUUUUCGAGAACCUUCUCGAAUCUCUCCUCCUCUAUCGAAGAGCUCAACAAGGGAUUUCCGGAAAUAUCCCCGACGAGAUCGGAAAUUUACGAAAUCUCGAGCAGUUAGUUCUCACCGGGAACCGCCUCCACGGUGCGAUCCCAACCUCCAUCGGCCAAUGCCUUCGGUUGAAGAUACUUGAUCUAAGCUUCAACCGGAUCACCGGUCGGUUCCCGGACAAGAUCGGACGGCUGACAGAGCUCGUCAAGCUUGAUCUCAGCUCAAACCACCUCAUCGGACCGAUCCCUGCCGUUCUCACCUCGCUUGAUCUUCUCGAAUUCUUGGAUUUAAGCCAUAACCGUUUCACCGGCGGUGUCCCGAUCGCGCUCGCCGAGCUGGUGAACCUAAGAGAGGUUUAUCUCACCGGGAACCCUCUCGGUGGUGGUAUUCCUGAAAUUUGGAGCAAACUCAAGGGUAUAACGGGAAUAGGAAUGUCUGGGUUGGGACUAGUUGGUAAUAUUCCAAGCUCGAUGGGGGUAUUUCUGGAAAACAUUUGUUUUCUCGCUUUGGAUAACAACUUCUUGGAGGGAGAGCUGCCGGAGCAGUUUAAGAAGCUUGAGAGAUCCGCGAAGGAGGUUAACUUUGAGAAUAACUUGCUCCGUGGUCGGAUCCCGUUCUCCGCCGCCUUCAUUGAGAGUCUCGGUGGUAAACUUAAAAAUUCCCCAUUCUACCCUUCCAUCCUCCAAAGCUCACAUCCUUAA